AUGGCAAGCUUAAUCUCCUUCAGCUUUUCAACCAACCUUUUCUUCUACCACAAAACCCCGUUUCCGGGAACAAACAUUAGGAGAUUGACAAGUGGAAGGUUCGUAUGCCCAGUAUCCAGAAGAAAAGCUGGGAAGCUCAUCUUGUCGAACCAUAUAUGUGGAGACAUACUUUCUUUGAAGACGAGCUGUUAUCCGGACAUCUUUGCUCCGAAAAGACAAUUUUGCGAACCUGUUAUUAGCCAAUAUGUUGAAAGUUCUAAUGCUCAUGUGCUAAUUUCUGGAUUUUGGAUGGGACCGGAUGUUGAAGAUGGAUGGGGUUUUGUAGAAGCAUUUGUGCAUAAAAUAGCAUUGGAAGUGCAAAUGGUGCUGUCAUCUCUCUUACCUGAAUUUAGCCAAAUGGACGCAGAGGAAGAGAAUAAAUUUUUUGUGAGGCUAUCACAGAUCCUGGCUGUUCCGACUUCUCUAACCAUAGAUUGA